AGAAAUGGUACCUAGCUACUCAAGUGUGUGGAUAAAUGAGUGAAUAAAGAUGAGCAUCUUUUUCUCUACCUUUUUAGCCCCAUCUCUCUUUGAUCUCUCACUCUCUCUCUCUCUCUCUCCCCCCACCCGCACCUCGCCCUCCAAAACGCAGCCCACCUUCACUUCCGUUUUUUCCCUGUCAAGCUGGGAGGGAUAGGAAGAGUUAUUGAUUUGAGUCUGACAGCAGAGAAGUAAAGGGACUGCUGAGUGACUGAGAGAUAUAUACAUAUACAUAUAUAUCAUCCCAUCUCAGCUGCUACAACAAUUUAUAGAUAGAUAUAUAAAGAUCGCCUAGGUAAGCUUGGUAUAGACUAUAGACAUAAAGCAGAUGAUGUUAAUGACGGAACACGUGCCAUACGAGAGUUUCGAACCACAGGGCCUUAUCUGAUCAGAAGACUAGCUUCAAGCCUUCCGAGUCUCCACGGUCAAUUUAAGAGCUUUAUAACCUCUUUUGGAACAGUAGUCCCAGCAGCUGGAGGACCAACCAAAUGGGUUGAAUACUAUGUCGACCAACUAGGUUAUUUAAGAGCUUCAUAUGACCAACAGUACUAGUUUGUAGGAACAGGAAAAAGAAGGUAAUUCAGCAAAAAAAGAUAAGAGAGUCCGAUCACGAUGGCGACGUACUUUCAUGGGAAUUCGGAAAUCCAAGGAGGGGGCGGGGAUCAUGGCUUGCAAACUCUGAUUCUCAUGAACCAUGCUGGCUACGUUGGUGGAUACUCUGACACACAUCAACCGCCGCCUCACGUCCAAGUCCAAGUCCAACCACCAAGCAACUUCGUUUUCCUCAACUCCUCCAACACUCCUGGACCGUCAGCAGCACCUGGAGCCAACUCUCUGAACGUUCACCACGCGCCACCUCCUCCUUCCCCCACGCAACAGUUUGUCGGCAUCCCUCUCACCGCCACCGCAGCUACCUCAUCCCAAGACCACCAACCUCACGCUGCGUCUGUGCAAGACAUCUCAGCCCUUCACGCCUUCCUCCCUCGCCUCCAGUACAACUUGUACAGCCCAGCCAUGGACCUUGGGGCGGCGCGUGAAGUGUCACGCGCCCAGCAAGGACUCUCCUUGAGCCUCUCUUCUCAACAGCCUGCGUACGGGUCCUUUAGGCCUGAACGUGAAAUCCCAUCACAGCCUCUGGUUACGGCCAUAUCUCCAACUGGUGGGGAUGACUUGAGGGUUUCUGGGGGAUCAUCCUCCUCGGCCUCAGGGAUUUCCAACGGAGUGAACGGCAUGCAAAGUGUGCUAUUGAGUUCUAAGUACUUGAAGGCAGCUCAAGAGCUCCUUGAUGAAGUUGUCAAUGUUGGCAAGGGAGUAAAAAGUGGUGUGGCAACUGCUAAAGGUGCUAAUGGGCAGGCCAAGGAGAUAGGAGAGUCAUCCGAGAUGACGGCCACUGCCGGAGAAGGUCAGAAUGGAAGAGAGAACAGUGCCAAGCGCAGUGCCGAGCUUACCACCGCCGAGAGACAGGAAAUACAGAUGAAGAAAGCAAAGCUGGUUAACAUGCUUGAUGAGGUGGAGCAGAGGUACAGACAGUAUCACAAUCAAAUGCAGAUUGUCAUUUCUUGGUUCGAACAAGCAGCAGGAAUUGGUUCUGCGAAGACAUACACAGCCCUGGCUUUGCAAACGAUUUCGAAGCAAUUUCGAUGCCUUAAAGACGCAAUAUUAGGCCAAAUACGAGCUGCAAGCAAGAGCUUAGGCGAAGAAGACAGUUUCGGUGGGAAAAUAGAGGGAUCAAGGCUUAAAUUCGUUGAUAAUCAACUUCGACAGCAAAGAGCUCUCCAACAAUUGGGAAUGAUCCAGCACAAUGCUUGGAGACCCCAAAGAGGGCUGCCCGAGCGAUCUGUUUCUGUUCUUCGUGCUUGGCUCUUCGAACACUUCCUCCACCCUUAUCCCAAGGACUCAGACAAGCUCAUGCUUGCCAAACAGACGGGGCUUACUAGGAGUCAGGUGUCAAAUUGGUUCAUUAAUGCCCGAGUUCGACUUUGGAAGCCAAUGGUUGAGGAAAUGUACACGGAGGAGAUGAAGGAACAUGAAAAGAAUGGCUCCGAGGUGAAAACGAGCAAAAGUGAGCAAAACGAAGAUUCAGGAUCCAAAUCCAAUGCUCUGCAGGAGAAAAGCUCGAGCUUGGAGAUUCAAAACAAAGGUUUUAUCUCAAAACAGGACCAUCUUGCAAACCAGAACGUCACUAGUCCAAUUUCAAUGUCUCCUACAGCAUCUCCACCUGGAAUACACAUCCAGAAUCAGUCCGGUUUCAACCUAAUCGGUUCACCAGAAAUGGACAGCAUAACCCAAGGAAGCCCUAAGAAACUGCGAAGCGCAGACAUGUUACAUUCUCCAAGCAGCGUUCCAUCAGUGAGUAUCGAUGCAAAGCCCAAUGAGUCAAACAAUGAGCAACUGUCGAUGAAGUUCGUCAAUGAGAGGCAGAACAGAGAAGGAUUUUCGUUACUUGGGGCACCAACAAAUUUCAUUGGAGGAUUUGGUUCAUACCCAAUUGCUGAAAUUGGCAGGUUUAGCAGCGAGCAAUUUCCAGGGCCAUAUUCAGGUAAUGGAGUCUCCCUCACUCUGGGGCUCCCGCAUUGCGAAAAUCUCUCCAUUUCAGGACCCCAUCAAAACUUUCUGCCGAACCAAAAUAUACAAUUGGGUAGAGGAGUAGAAAUUGGCGAAGCAAAUGAUUAUGGCGGUUUAGGUACCCCGACAUCUAGUCACUCGACUAGUGUAUAUGAGAACAUCAACAUUCAGAACCGCAAGAGGUUCGCUGCACAGUUGUUGCCAGACUUUGUAGCUUGAAGAUUCAGUAGAGCAAGGGUAAGGGCAGGCAUAGGUGAAUGCUGAUCAGGGAUCACCGCUAUUUUCUACUAUUUUCUUCAACUCCCUUUAUUUACUAGGAAAAAGGGGAUGCCAUAGUAGUGUAAAGAACAUCAAUAUUUCCUCAUAGUACAGGUCUAUACUUGCAGGUUCGACUUUUUGAUAUAUUUAGAUAGUUUAGGCUUUAUUUAGUAGAUAUGGCUGAGGAUUGUAUAUUAAUUUUGUUGCUUCAGAUAAAAUAGAACGACUGUAAUAGUGUAAUGGAGACUAGUUAUUUUUGGGUGGUAUAGAAAAUAAACACUACACAUUAUAAAUGCUGUCUCCUUUUCA